AUGUCCUAUCCUCACCCUAUUCCAGCGACUCCGCGAGUCAUCUCGCCCUCCCCAACCCCAUCCGAAGCCUCCGAACCUCAAGACUCCUAUUUCGCACCAGUCACACGAUCUGCUGCAAAAGCCCAACGACAACGAUCCCCUCAACCGGAGCCCAUCCAUGAAGAAAAAGAUGGCUCCGGAUCCGAUUCUAGUGUCGAGAAGCGGGCCAGAGCGAGGUCAAGAAGUCCUAUAUUGACUGCGACCUCUCAGAUGAAUGGGACCGUACGUGCAAGUGCCGGCAAGAGACGACGCUUGAGUGGCCUCACUCCCAAAACGCCCGUCUCGAAAUCUGAGCCUUUAACAAACGGAAUUGUGCCAUUCCCUCAAUCGAACGGGCACUUGUCACCGUACGACCGAGUGAAAAAAUCCUGGCGAGAGUUCUCUCGUUCCCCCUCACCAUUGGGCCUAAUCCCUCUGCAUCGGCACUAUCGAACUCUCAUACACAAACAUGAAAUUCCACGGAAACUGCUUCACGUGUCAAUUGGCUUUUUCACCCUCCGCUUCUAUGUAAAUGGCAUGCAACCUUGGGCCAUUACACCUUGGCUGCUCGGUGCUCUGUCGAUCAUUGCACCCACGGACGUCUUACGACACCACUCCGACCGCUUCAACAGAUUCUAUAUCAAGGUCUUGGGCGCCCUGAUGCGCGAAACCGAGGUCAACGGCUACAACGGCGUGAUCUGGUACCUGGUGGGAGCUUACAUUGCAUUGAGAUUCUACCCCAAGGACAUCGGCGUAAUGUCUAUCCUUCUAUUAUCCUGGUGUGACACCGCUGCAAGCACGUUUGGAAGACUGUAUGGACGCUAUACAAUCCGACUUCGCCGUGGAAAAUCACUCGCCGGUUCUCUGGCCGCAUUCGCCACGGGGGUUUUUGUCGCCGCUUUUUUUUGGGGUUAUCUCGUGCCACGAACUGGUCCGUCUCCAGACGACCCGAUUGACGGCUUCAUGUUCCAGAACCGCCUGUCUCUACCCUCCAGGGCAAAAGAGCUGCUGGGAUGGCAACCCAAUGAAGGCGUCAUCGUGGGCACGACCGCGCUUGCAGUCAUGAGUUUCUGCACCGGUCUCAUCGCCAGUGUCUCGGAAUUUAUAGAUCUCUGGGGUUGGGAUGAUAAUUUGACGAUUCCCGUCUUGAGUAGUACGGGUUUAUGGGCUUUUUUGAAGAUUUUUGGAUGA